AUGUCAGGAAAGGCAAGACCCCCGCGGAAAACCAGCAGCGUCAGGAUGGUCUUACAGGACUGUGAAGACUCUUCCCCGCCCUCCAUAGUCCGAGUCACCAUCCCCAAAGUGCCCCUGACCAAGAAGAGCAAACAAAGAGAACCGCUGGCGCUGAUCCGAAGAAAGCUCCUCACCAGGAGCCAGGAAGUCCAGGAGAUAAAGAUCCUUGGCUAUGGAGAGGACCAUCUCUCGGUGCAGGACAGCCCCCUCAUGACUCAUCUCUCGAUGAAGAACGACCCCCUCAUGACUCAUCUCUCGAUAAGAGAACGACCCCCCCAUGACUCAUCUCUCGAUGAAGAACGACCCCCUCAUGACUCAUCUCUCGAUGAAGAACGAGCUCCUCCAGGAAGAUGAACUCUGCACCAGAUUUCAGAAGAACGAGGUGGCCACCCAGACCGCCCCCCCGUCUCCUAUUGCUUCAACACCAUCGAAGAGAUUGUUGAGUUCCUGAACAGCUGCAGCAAAGCUGAGGAGUGCAGCCCCAAGUCUCUGUCCUUCACCGACGAGCCCCCCGACGAGCCAGGAGGAGAAGAUGCCAUGUCCAACGACGACCACCUGAGAACACUCAAACUAGAAAUAGAAGAAGACGACGAAGACCAACCGAUCAUUUCUCAUCUGUACCCCAACCUGCCCUUCCACUAUGCCUCCACGUCUUCUCCAUCGUUCCCUGUGGUCAAGCGUAGAAGAAAACAACGUUUCCACUGCGAGUGGCAGGGCCCGGUCACCGUCAUCAGCUCCCCCAAUGUGCCGGCUCAUGCCAUGGAGCUGAGGGUGGACGAGGAUCUUGCCAUGUCCAUACGGAGACAAGUGGACAUCAACAAUCCGGGGCCCUUCGGCUGGCAGCUGGCCAAGCUACUGUUCACCGAGGAGGAACUUUACGGACACAACUUCAACGGUACGGACCAGAAGAUGCCCCUCAGCCCCCGGCGGGUCCACGCCAUCCAACACGCCUUUCAUGACUACUUCCCUAGAGACAUAGCAGACGAGGCGCUGGCCAAGGGCCGCACCGCCAUUAACCAAGGGAUAAGGAACAUGUUCUAUGUCCGCAACCGGAAGGAUGGAGACUAUCCGUGA